AUGUCCAUCCGGAUGGACCAUACCAUUCCACAGGUGGCAUUGAUGGUGGCAUUUGGCAUAUUUAUAUGGACUUUGCUAGAAUACACUCUGCAUCGCUUCGUUUUCCACAUCAAGACGAAGAGAUAUUGGGGAAACACCAUUCAUUAUCUUCUUCACGGUUGUCAUCAUAAGCACCCAAUGGAUGGCCUACGCCUUGUUUUCCCUCCCGCUGCAACUGCUAUUCUUUGUGUACCAUUCUGGAACUUGAUAAAAUUCAUGUCUACCCCUUCUACCGCUCCUGCUCUGUUUGGAGGUGGUCUACUGGGUUACGUAAUGUACGAUGUAACCCAUUACUAUUUGCAUCAUGGGCAGCCAACCGGUGACGUACCUAAAAGUCUGAAGAAAUACCAUUUGAAUCAUCAUUUCCGCAUCCAGAAUAAAGGAUUUGGUAUAACUUCCGCACUCUGGGACAAGGUGUUUGGAACUCUACCUUCAACAAAAUCGGCUGACAAGAGUAGAUAA